AUGUCUUCAAACGACCCGCAUAACGAGCAUGACAUGGAGUCUUAUAUCCAGGCCGAUGAUGCCGAGGAGAUUUUUGAUCGUGAUGAGGACCAGCCUAUGUCCGACGGAGAAGAUUAUGAUGACCAGAACAUGUCCAUCGAAGAUGAGAUCACCUUCCAAAAUGACUCAGCGGCACACUUCGACUCCCACUCAGACUCUGUAUUCUGUGUUGCGCAACACCCGGUUUACAACAACAUUGUCAUCACCGGCUCUGGCGAUGAUACAGCUUAUAUCUUUGACUCGACACCCCCACAGCGCCCUGUCCUCCCGUCGAGCUACGAAUCCAACCCUCAGCCCAAGGAGCGGGAGGCUCUCUCGCCCCUGGCCAAGCUUGACGGACACACCGAUACUGUGAAUGCCGUGGUUUUCACUGAGCCUGCAGGGGAGUAUGCCAUCACGGCGGGUCUGGAUGGUAAACUGCGAGCUUAUCGGGACACCACACCCCAGAAGACCGGCCUUGCUUGGGAGUUCUUCGGCGAGGCCCAGGAAGUGGAGGAGAUCAACUGGAUGGCCGCGUGCCCUUACCAGAAUGGCAGCGAAGAGACGAGAAAUGUCAUCGCUAUUGGUGCCAAUGAUGGUAGCGCGUGGGUCUUCCGUAUCGAUCACACCGACCCCGGGCAACCUAUCUCCAUCAUUCAAACUUUCUUCUCUCACACCGAGUCCUGCACUGCAGGUGCAUGGACACCUGAUGGAAAUUUGCUCGCCACUGUCUCGGAAGACGGAAGCUUCUAUGUUUACGAUGUGUUUGGAGCUGCCGCUGCCGCUGGCAUCGAAUACUCCCCGGGUACCAAUGCCGUUCUUGGAUUGACUGCGGAGGAUCAGCGCUUUGCUGUGGAGGGUGGUCUUUACACAAUCGCCAUCUCCCCUAGCGGUGGUAUUGCUGCGGUCGGCGGUGCCGAGGGCCACAUUCGAGUUGUCGGCCUUCCUCGCGUCACAGCAGCUGCCCCGGCUGCCAAGGGCAAGGGCAAGAACGCAGCGCCCCAAUCAUCAGCUGGUGCCACUGCUGCAGGCACUAUCAUGGCCGCCCUGCAAGCUCAGACGGACGGCAUCGAGUCACUUUCCUUCUCCCAACCUCCUUUCACUCUUCUUGCUGCCGGAUCCGUCGAUGGUUCGAUCGUGAUGUACGAUGCGGCUCACCGUUUCGCUGUUCGCCGUCAUAUCAGGGAGGCCCACGAUGGCAACCCCGUCGUAAAGGUGGAGUUCUUGCCCAGCCGCAAGCAACUCGGUGCACCUGUCUCCGGGCCUCUUGCCGGUGCUUCCGCGGCCCAGCAAAGCCGCUCCUGGAUGCUCACAUCCGUCGGCCUCGAUGGUGUCGUUCGCCGCUGGGACGCACGUGGUGGUACCGCCGCGGCUGCCCAGGGUUUGAUGCAGGAGUGGAAGGGACACAUGGGUGCCACUGAAAACGAGGAUGGUGAGCAAGCUGGCGGUAUCAUGGGAUUCGUGCAGGGCUUCGAUGGAAAGCGCAUUGUUACGGCUGGUGAUGAUGGUAUCUCGCUGGUGUUCGAAGAGUAA